UAUAUUUUAGCAAAUCCAAGCGAAAAACCAAGCAACGCAAAUAUUACAAUUCUGGGAAUUGGAUUUGUCGAGGGUAAAGUUUAUACUAACCGAUCUGAGGUUCAAGAAACUAUUAGGAAUUUCACGAAUACAAAUCCCGAUGGAAAUUUCGUUAUAAUAAUCGCAAACAAUGAAACGAAUCAAAACGAAAUAUGGUCUGAACAAUUGCAGAAUGCAAUAAUUAAAUCACAAAACGUUGAAACGCCUAACCUCGUUAUAGUCAUUGAUGGCUCAGAAGCUUUAAGUAAUACCCACAUAGAUGACUUAUACGAAAGUGCAACAGAACUUGCCGAGCAAAUCCUGUGUUUUUUGAACCAUUAUGAAAUUCUUCCAGAAAAACUUAGCAUUUUCGGUUAUAAUUACAGUCCAAUUAUUUCACAUAAGUUGGGCAAACUGAUUAAGGCUGCAAGUGAUCAAGUCAUUGGUACUAUUUAUGAUUUAAAUCCAAAUGCCUUUUUGUGGAAUUCUUCAGUGCCAGUCGAUUUAUUGCCCGUUAAAACUGAUGCGAUGCUGACUGUUGCAAUGUACACUGAAAGUAAUAAAUCAAAAUGCUGUGAUAUAGCUACUAUCAACAUUGGCAUCAAUGAUUGCAUUGAAGAUAUCUUUCAACGCACUUCAAAACUCCUAAAAACAAAUGUUAUAGAGUGUACACAAACUAUUAUUCUUGAAAACAUACUCGAUAUUAUCAUUAAAAAAUUCCCGAUUGUCAAGGUUGAUGAUGAAGAUGUAAGAAUUAAUUGGCUUCUUGAAAUCCCUCGGGAUUUGUCGGGUGACUUUGAAGUUUCUACUAUCAAUAGAAAACUGUACAUAUUGGCCGGAUACACAACUGAAGUUAUGAUUACUGGACGAACUAAGAUUUUAAAUAAUAUUCAGAAGUUUUUAAAAGAACAGCCUAAUGGAAACUUCACCAUAAUUUUGACGGAAAAUGCUGAAAGUGACGACUAUACAUGGGGAAAAAAACUGGCAUCCGGGAUUAUUAAGCAAUCAAAUAAAACUAAUCAUGUUAGUGUGAUUAAUAUACCUAUAUACAAUAAUAAAACAAUAUAUAAGGAUAUACGUUAUUAUGCCCGAAAAAUUAGUAAAUUUAUUCAAGAAAAUAAAAUUCCGUCAAACAAACUAAAUAUUGUGGGUUUUGGAAUAAACUCAUUACUGGCCUAUUACCUGCGUCCAUUAUUGAGUCAGCAUAAAACACCAGUAGCCCGCAUCACGGUUUUAAAUCCACCAGCGGCAAUAUUUACAAAUGCACCACCUAAUAUGGUUACAGACGUAAACUCUACUACUUCGGUAGUCAGCUUGUAUACUACUAUUAACGAUUCAGUACAAUGCUGUAAUUUAGGGCAGGUCAAUAUUUUCAUCAAUAAUCCACUCGAAAUUCAUCCAUCUUGCCUCGAUGAAGAAAAUCCGGAGAAAUGCACGUUUAAUGAAAUCCUCAAGGACAUGUUUGUUUUGAUGAAACCCAACGUAACGGUUAUCGAUGAAGAUGGUAACAAAUAUCCGCUACUAAAAUUACCUCUAGAUAUCAAAGGGAAUUUCACGGUGAUGACGGUUAAUCGCGAUGUUUUAUUAGAAAUAUUUGUGAAAGCUAACUUUAAAGUUGUGAGUGGUGGAUUUUCAAUAGGUAAAAUUAAAUAUGGACGUGAAAGCAUAGUGGAUGAUCUUAAAAUAUUCCAAAAUGAACAUGCACAAGGCAAUUAUACCAUAAUACUCGAUGGUGCAGAGAAAAUUAAUCGCGGUAAAUGGGCUUCGGAACUUAUGAAACAAAUCUUAAAAAAUAGUAAAGGAGAGUUUGUUACUCUAUUUAACUAUUCGAGCGCGAUACCACCCAACGUAAAAGACACUAAUGCCCGAGCUAUAAUAAUUAGUAAAUUAAUACGAGAAUUUCUAAAUGUAAACAACAUACCUCCAAAGAGGUUAAGAAUAAUAGGCCAUAAGGACGCGGCAUUAAUUUCGUAUCACCUAAAUAAAUUGUUGGAAAAGGACUGCACUUUCAUCUUAAAGAUAAUCAAUGUGAACCCAACUAGCGAAUUGCAGCAAAUAAUGGUAUCGGAAUCGUCUAAAUUCAGAGGUACAAAGAUGAUUAACCUUAUUUCUCAAGCUGAAUCCUCUUCCUCUAUACCGCAACUGCAAGACGGAGUCCUAAAUCUUAUAAUAAACAACGCUACUGUAGUACAGCCGGAUUGUAAACAGGCUGAAAAUCCAGAACAGUGUUCAGACAACAUUGGCUUGGUUACUAUAUUGGACAGUUUUGAAAAUGUGAUAAGUGCAAUCUGCGUCACCGGAGAUGGUUUCAUAUAUAAUAUAUUGGAAAUACCACCCAAUAUUUAUGUCGGAGAAUUCCAAGUAAUUCGUAAUGUAUGGGUACCUCCUCCUCCCGAGGAAAAUGAAGUUCCAUCGGCGUACGAGCCACCAUCCGAUAUACCAAACAGUCCACCCAACUUAAAACAUGGUAACGAUUCCAUGAAUCCAGAAUCAAAGGUCCUAAUUAAAUACACAUAUCCAAAUGGAACACGUUUGGUCCUUGAUCUAACAAUGAAAUCUCAAGAAGGGCUCGUUCAAUUCCUUCGACAGCCCUAUAGAAGGAUAAUCUUUAUUAUAAUAAAUAAACAACAGCACUCUGAUGAAAGCUGGCCAGAGCAAAUUAAAGAUCAGCUUCAAUCCGUCGCUCAAACCACCGAAUCGGUAAUAUUCCCAAUAGUAAUUGACUGGACUAGAGAAUCCAAAAUGGCUCAACAUCCAACUGCUAGAGCUUAUAAGGUAGCCAGAGAUGUCCUUAGAGCUAUGAUACGAUUAGAUAUAACAGCAAGAGAAACUGAAAUUAUUGCAUUUGGCGAAAGUGCCCACUUGGCAGGCAUUAUUGGGCAAAUAUGUAAAGUCUAUUUUCACGCUCCUCUUUUAAGGAUUAUCGCCUUACAACCCACAAAAUUAGUUGAAUUUAAAGACAGAAAGGUGAAUCAUAGAUUGCAUAAAUCGGACGCUGUCCAGGUUAUCUCAGUGGUCACAGAAACCACUAAAUAUGGAGAGUGUUGCGGAGAUGAAGCCAGUGUGCAAGUGAUCGUUGGAGAUCCCGAAAAUGGACAGACGUGGUGCAAAAAUGCCAACCCAAAUCCUCCUAAGCCAAAAGAAUCAGAUGACGAUGAUAAUUUAAAUGAAGAAUUAGAUGCAUCCAGCUGUUCCCAUGAGUCUGCUACCAAUAUAUUUAUAAAGAGUUACACCUUAAGGCCCGUAAAAAUUGUAAAUUAUGAAACCAAUGAACUUCUGCAAAAUUUCCCUUAUAAUGUGGCAACUAAUAUUAGUGGAAUAUACCUUAUGCCAAUAAAAAAUUACAACCCUAUGCACCCAGAUGAAAUAGAACCAUCAAAACCAGUAUAUCCCAAUGGAAGUAGCCUUGAAGGAAAAGCCUAUUAUCCCGGUGGAUCUUACUCUUGGGAAAAUGGAAUAAAAGGAUCAUUAGUUAAAGAUUUAACUUUACUCAUAAAAAAGAAUCAUAAGGUUAUGAUUAUUAUUACUGGCGGAGAUAAGUCGCAUUUAUCCUGGACAACUGAAUUAGCAAAUCUAACGGACCAUAUACUUAUUGUUAAAAGUUAUGAUGCAUAUUAUAAGCAAUGCAUGGAAGGAGAUCAUAAGAUUCUUGUUAAAGUUGCUGAGCAAAUUGCAAAUGAGAUUAAGCUGCUAGAGAUUAAACCCAGUAAUUUGACUUUGGCAGGAUUUGGAGUAAGCGCUCACUUGGCCGGAUUAGUAUCCAGACUAGUAAAGGAAAAAUUGAACCAUGUAGAUCAAAUAAUAGCACUGAAUCCAAACAUGGACCAUUCUUUCAAACUUCCAGAAAAAGUCAAACUUAAACCUAAUGAUGCCAAACAUGUAAUGGUUCUUAAUACCCAAGCGGAUGACGAAUACGUUUGUUGUUCUCUGGAUCUCGUAACUGUCAUGGUCAACAAUCCUUAUACUACUCAGCCCGGUUGUGAACUUGGCGAUAAGGAAUGCUCCAACGCUUUCGCUAUAAGAGUUUUCUUACAAGCAGCGAAAUUACAAGGCAACAUAACGUUGCCUUUGAAACAAUUUACUGGUACUCGAUUAAAAGGAUUUCCUUUGAAUAUUAAAUACUGGAAUACAGGAGUUUAUUAUUAUAUCGUGGAUAGUGACGGAAAACCCAUGCCUGACAAAAAAAUCAAUGUUAUAAUGGUCGGAGGAUAUGAGUCUAGUUUACUACAAUCCACCAAUAAACUAGGAGAAUUCAGUAUUAUAAAAUCAUUCUUAUCCAGCAAUCUUAAAAAUCCUCGAAUCUUCGUAAUCUUUGAAACUGGUGAUCAGAGCGACAAGAGUUGGGGUCGCAAAAUGAUUGAAGUUAUCAGAAGAACCAGUCCAGAACCUGCCUUAGUGCUAGUUGUACCCAUAAAUGCAUAUCCGAACAUAGAACAAACCCUAAAAUAUCAAGAUCAUAUUGUUAAAAAUGUUUACACCAUACUCUCGAAGAGUAAAGUGAGAGGAGAACAUUUAACAAUUAUUGGUUUUGGCAUAGGAACAGUUUAUUCCACCAGGCUGACCAAAAUUUAUUUAAAACUAAAUGAACAAAACCAACAAAACACAAAGGUCGCAGUUCUUAUUGCAUUAAAUCCUGCUGCUGCAUUAUACACAAAAAUUUUUGGUGUAACACCUGGAAUACCUGAUGCGAAAUUGGUAAUGAAUAUACACACUGAAGGAAAACAUCUUGGACACUGUUGCGGUGCAUCAGAUAUUCACGUUAAGGUUAAUGAUCCAUUUAACAUUCAACCAGCUUGCAAGAAAGUGCCUGCUCAAAGCGUAUUGUGCUCCUUUAGAGCAUUGUCACUUUACAUGAUAAGGGCAUUUGGUAAUGAUAUUACCAAUUUGCCAAUAUUAGAAGAUUCGAAAUUUGAACUAGCUGGAUGGCCAUAUUGUAAAAAAGAAGCUAAGCAUGGUAUUUAUUAUAUUGGGGCCUAUCGCGCAGAGCUUCAAGGACCUGUAUUCAUCCAAUACAAUAGAUCACCAAUUCUCCCACCCGUGCUUGGUCCAAAUGAUUUUGUAAUAAUACCAAAAGUUAUAAAGGAAUUUAAAUCACGAGUGUACAUCAUAAUUGGCUCGGGAGAUCAUAGUGACCACGUUUUGUACAAUUUGGAUAUUCUGCAGCAUCAGCUGCGUCAAGGCUCACAAGCUGGUGCCUAUGUAAUAUCUAUCCCUUGGGACACUGCUUUCCAAAUAAGAAAUUCAUCUUUAUUAUCGAGUUCGAAAAAUUGGGGCGAGUUUAUUAGAAAAUCCGAGACAAUUUCUUUACUGAAGCGUGUCGCCAAAGAUCAAGCGAAAUCGCUUGUUAAGUCGUUGUUGAAAUAUAAGCUUAAACUUGCCAGAACUACAAUAAUAGCUCAUGGAGAGAAUGGAUUGUUAGCAAGUCUAAUGUGCAAAGAAUUUAGAAGAAUAACUGGCAGCGUACCAUUUAGAGUCAUUUAUUUGAACAUACUUUCUAACUUAUUUGACCCCAGUCUGGUUUCAAAGAAUGAGAUGCCAUCUUCCAGUGACGGUACAACUGUGCUAUCAAUUUAUACAGAAAAGAAAAAGUAUGGAUAUUGUUGCGAUCUUGGCGGACUUGAUAUUCAAAUUUAUCCUAAAAAUAAUAGCACUGAGUAUCCCAUUUGCUCUAACACAACAGAUAAAGAAUUUUGUGCACAUAACAUGGCCCUUGAAUACCUUAUACGGCUAAUCGAAUACCAAUAUAAUGACGCUCAUUUACCUCGACUUAAAAUCGACGGUUUUCCUUUAAAAUAUAAUCCCAAAAUUAAGGGCACUUUCCAUAUUUACCCGAACGAUGUUGUAAAAGAAUCUUGGAAAUUGCCCGAUCUUCAGGUUUCAAAUACUUCUGAAGGAGUUAACCACAACUUAAUAGUUUUUCGUAACUUGUUAAAAGAAUAUCCGCUGUAUCAACUGCUAAUAAUACUCGCCGAUAGCCAAUCGUCAAAACAUUUUCCCGGCUGGCCAGAGCAGAUAGAAAAAAUUGUAAAGAAAAAGACCGCAGAUUUUAGAGCAAAGUUAUUUGUGUAUGUUUUAAAUUGGAAUACUGCAAUUGUUGGUGAUGAAUAUCCUGAUCAUAAAGCUCACACUCAGGAUUUUGUGGAAUCUAUACGCAACGCAAAAUAUAUUGUUUCGGAACUAAAACAAGCCAGUGUACCCUCCGAAAACGUUAAUAUUUUAGGGUUUGGACCUAGUGCCAUGAUGGCCCAUUUAAUAGGCGUAUUAUAUCGUCCCAGACAAAUCAUCCAUAUGAAUCCUCACUUUAUAUGGUUCGAGGAUUAUCGCCAUUUGUACAAUAUGUACGACUCAAAACCAGAAUUACGUAUUAAAAAACUUAACCAUGAGACCUUUGAAAUUGCUCAAUCGGUAUUGGUCAUUCAAAGUGAAUCGAGAAAAUACGGUUAUUGCUGUGAGGCAGGUCAUGUUCGAGUGCUCAUAAAUAAUCCUGUCGUGGGGCAAAGUUGGUGUGCAAGAGAUCGUUUCUGCUCAUAUAUGUCAGUUAUAUCCGUAUUUAUUGAUUCUUUACGAAAUGCUCCGGCUAGAGUUUUCAAUGUGAAUGAUCCCAGUGAACAUUUAGACGGAUUUCCCUUCUGGUACGACCUUGAUGACGAAAAUACUUACAUGAUGACCACUCGAUAUUCGGGAUCCAUUGAACAUAACCCAUCUGGCUUAGUAAGUCCUGACGAAAUGAAAGUGGAAUAUUCUUUUACGAAAGAAGAUAUUAACGUAUGGUAUAAAUUGAAUCCAAAAGGUCGCCUUUACCUUGUGGCAACUGAUGACACCAGUGGCGAUCGCAAAUGGGACAGAAAACUAUCUCGUGCUUUGAAAUCUGUUAACGUAACAAAUAAAGUUGUAGUCGCCGAUUGGUCACGACACAUUAAAUUGGGUAUAACCGAAGAAACCCUUAAUGCCAGUCGUCAUUUGGCAAAGAAUAUCGGUAGCCUGCUGGAAGAGUCCGAUUAUCCAGCACAUCAAACUACCAUUAUCGGUUUUGGAUUGGCAUCUUUGUUGGCCUCAAAGAUUGCUAAGCAAAUACACAUCCUAAGUGCAACUCCGAUCCAUCAAAUAUUUUUCCUUAAUCCAACCAAAAAUAUUUUUGAUCAUAAACUUGUACCGGAAAAGGAUAUGCCCGCUAUAACCGAUGCCAAUAUGGUUUUAUUAGUGGAAACCGAAACAUCUACGAUUGGUAUGAAGGACAGCGUAGAGAAAGCUGUAAGGGUGUUAGUUAAUAAUCCAGAUAAACCGCAACCGAUCUGUUCGUCAGCUGGUAAGGAAUUAUAUGCGCAGUGCUCACACAGGUUUGCCAUAACAUUCUUUAUAUCAGCACAUACAAAAAAAGUUAAUGCAAUAGAAAAGGGUACAGGCAAAAUUCUGAAAAAUUUCCCAUUGGAGAUCGAUGCAACUCUUAAAGGAAUCGGAGGAGUGUAUUAUGUGAAUACAACUACACAAGAGUCUGGCCCCAAUGCUUCAACAACUAUGACACCCUUGCUAACUACUACUCCAGCUCAACAUUCUCUCUUCUCUUCUAUAUCUACAUUUCCACCUAUAAUCACAGAUAACAAAGGGUCCCCAGAAAGCGAAGACUAAUGAUUUAAUUUUUUAAUAUUUUGUCAUGGCCGUUUUGUUUAAUAUAUAACUAUAUGAUUUAUGUUA